AUGAGAAUAUUCUGGCAUUGCGUCAGAAAUUUGAGAUCAAAUCUAAACAAUGGUUUGGUUUGCAAUGCAUUUGUCGCCAGAAGUGUCACAAACACCCGAUUCUUGGGAUCCGUGUCUUCGCCGGUGCGGACAUUGAAUGGAUUGCGUCCGCGGAGGCCAUCACUUGUGGCCGCCUUUAGCUCAACGACACAACCCAUGGAUGACUUGACGUACGAACGCAUCGCUGAUCACACUUUGGAUCAAUUGACUGAAGAGCUGGAGAUCAUUGUGGAGACAAACGAUGGCCUCAAAGAAUCGGACGUCUCUUUAAGCAGUGGUGUCAUUACUUUGUCUCUUGGAUUACAUGGCGUUUACGUAAUUAACAAACAAUCGCCUAAUAAACAGAUUUGGUUGUCAUCUCCUAUAAGUGGUCCAAAACGUUACGAUUAUAUCAAUAAUGAAUGGAUUUACAAAAGAGAUGGCAUUUCAUUGCAAAGUCUGUUAAGCUCUGAAUUAUCUUUUUAA